AUGAAAAAAAUCCUUCACUUGUUCGCAAAUUUGACUGCCCAUGUCAAGUGGUCAGAGCUGACAUCAUCCAUUAUCCCUACAGAUUCCAAUGUUCGAUGUGCAGCAAAGGCUACUCGACCAAAAAAGGCGAUGCAGGACCACUUUAAUUACCACCACCUAGGUAAAACAUCGCACAAAUGCCUCAUCUGCAACAAGCCAAUGGCGACCAAAGCCUGCGUAGAAAGGCACAUGAUGAGAAUACACGGGGAGAAGAAAGAGAAGCCGAGGACCCACAUUUGUGAGCAAUGCGGCAAAGCAUUCGCUGACAAGAAAAUUUUGACACAGCACGAGAUUACCCACUCCGGCGCAAGGCCACUGUCCUGUGACAUAUGCCAGCAGACGUUCAAGCAUAAAGCGUCCUUGUACACGCAUAGAAAGAGAGUUCACAACAUAGCUAUAGCGAAGAAAGUUGUCGAAUUCAUGGACACGCAGAACAUGGGGACGUAG